AUGGGUCGUUGGGGCCAUCGGAUGUUCGAGGGAGACUAUGAUUUGGAUCUGAAGGGAGAUGUCGUCCACGCCAUCGAAAACAAACUCAAGGCCAAAUCUAUCGCUUUCGAGGAAGGACAUCUAGAAGAACUCAUGGAAAGAAUGUGCAGGAUGAACAAACAACUGAGUGAACCUUCCCAAAAGCUUCGUGAUCAUGUCAACACCAUCAGCGAUGAGUUGUUUGAAGAUUCUCGUCAGAAUAGACACCCCUUGUUGGCUGGAGACGAAUAUCCUACUGUCAUACUUGGGGCCGUGAUGAUGGAGGCAGGUCUGAGAAUUUCUCCGGAGAACAUGACAUACCUUCGUCAGGCGGUAGACAAGGUCUCAAGUGCUAAUGGGUACCGUCUGCCAAUCUGUGACCUUGGAUUUCGUGACCCAGGCAAAGCACAGUUUCUUGCUGCCCUCGGUCACUACCGAGAUGGCGAGCCACGAGACUUCUAUGGACCUAGGCAUGUUAUCGCCUCCCUCCUGAUGUCGGAUAAGAGCUAA